AUGUCUUCUUCAACGAUGAGAGUAGAGUGCAGGAUAUGCCGUGGUGAAGAUUUGGAUUCAAAUAUGGAGGUUCCUUGCUCUUGCCGGGGUACCUUAAAGUAUGCACAUAGGGGAUGUGUCCAAAGCUGGUGCAAUAAAAAAGGUGACACUGUGUGUGAGAUUUGCAACCAGCCUUUCCAGCCUGAUUAUACAGCCCCUCCUCCCCCUGUUCGUCGAUAUGGGAGCCUUCCUAGCCUCUUAAGAGGAGGCACGAUAGUUCCAAGAAGACACUCGAGUAAUCGGCCAAAUCCGUUUACCGCGCGAAUAAGAGAGCAGCAGAAUGAGAAUGAUUCAUCAUCUAAUUCUUGA